AUGCAACAUUUUCUUAAAUUACUUUGUGCAAUGACAAUAUGUUCUAGUGAGGAAUACUUUCCAUUGCUACCUCUGGCAGAGGAACUUUUGGAAUACUUUACGAAACAUUAUAAAGAUUUUUACGGUAUUGACUAUAUAACUAGCAACGUUCAUAACUUAACUCAUGUUGUUGCUGAAGUUCGACAUUUCGGAAUGUUACAAACAUACAAUGCAUAUAAAUUUGAAAAUAAAUUAUACUUAAUAAAAAAUUUAUUAAGACAAGGUAAUAAACCACUAUCCCAAAUAGCUAAAAGACUUAAAGAGUACGAAAGUUUGGAUCAUGAACAAUUUAUUGACCAGACACAUUCUAAUUACCCGUAUGUAAAAAAGCAGAAAGAAUUUAGUUUUACAUUUCAAUUAUUUUAUUUUAUCAAAUCAAAGGUCAGAUUAAUAUUUUUUAACUGUUAAUAAAAAAGUAAUGGAGGUGAUAUGUAUCAAAGUUGAAGAAAAUCAAAUAUAUAUUUAUUGUAAGAAAUUUGAUAAUUUAGUAAAUGCUUUUGACCUUCCCAUCUUCUCCUCUUAUCUAAAUAUUUUCAAAAGCAACUAUUAAUCAGUUCUAAGUUCAGAGUACGUGUGUUCGCCGUCUGAUGUUAAAUGUAAACUUGUGGUCACUCGAUAUGAAUCUGAUUUAUAUUUUGUUCCUUUACUACACACAUUGUAACUAGUACAAUGGAAUCGCCUGUUGUUGUAUUGGUGAAUUGAAAUAAAAAAUAUUUGAGAUUAAUCAACUUGUUUUAUUAGCAAAUAGACCCAUAACUAGGUAAAUUCUAAAAUAACAAUAGUAUGAACAAUAUUUGAACAACAUUGUUCCUUUUAAUGUGUCUGACAUGGUGAAUCGAAAAAGACAAAAAUCAACAUGUUUCUUUGCAAAGUUAAUAAGAUUGUACCCGUUGGGCUAUAAUGUUGAAAUUUUCGAGUUGGUUGCUUGGUCCGAUAAGGUUUGGCGAGAGCGCUGUGGUUUCAUGUUCUGUUGUCGAACAAUCUAACAUUUCUGUCAACUGCUUGUCAGCAAUUUCGUACGACAUAAUAUUGUUUCUUUUUACAAUGCAAUUUAUUUUAGAUCAGUUUGGUUGUGGAGUUGAAUCUUCUAUUUUACAUAACUUUUAACUUUUUUUGUUCGGCCAGUGUAACACUCCAUGUUCCUCCCACGUAGAUGGACAGAUGCAAAGUUCUUGUUUAUUUUUGUUUUCAUUAUAAGUUUGAAUAAUUUUGAAAGGCAUUCUGAAAACCAGUUAGAGUAGUAAGUGUUAAACAAUUAAAAGAGCGAAAAAUUUUGAAGCAGCUGCAAAGGAUUAUCGUAUGUUCGGGUUUUCAACGAGUUCUACGGAUCUCUAAACAAAUAACUAUUAGUGUGGUUUGAUACCUGCAGUAAGUACGAAAUAAAAGUGAUUACAAAGACUUGAACUGCAUUAGCGGUACAGGUAUUACUUGGACCUUCAGAAGAGUGAAUCUUAACACUUAGACGCGCAGAGAGGAAGUAUUAAGGUUGAAGUUGCAAGUUAAAGCUGCUUCUGAUAGACGCCAUAUUUACAAGAGAUUUAUUUAUCUUUAUUUUAAACAUUUAUAGGUUUUUAUCACCAUUUGUAGUAAAAUAUAACUAAAUAUAGAACCAGCAACUUAAUACAAAUGUAGUCAAGUAGGUAUGUAAUUUCGAUAUCGUGUAGGUAUGUGAUAUAAUAUUAUUUAAAUAAUAUUAUUUUACAUUUUUAGGAUAUUCUGAGGUAAUUAUUGAGGCGCGUUAAAAAUACUCCAAUAAUAUCAACUAUAUGCACGAUAGACUGAUCUGCGUUUUUAGCCACUUGCAUAUAAUACAAAAUAUAGCUGAAAAAUACUUACCUUCACUUCACUUAUUAUUAAUUUGUAUUCAGUAAUGUCUGACUCAGGAACAACAGAUGUAUUUAAUAAAUGAGAGACAAAGUGAAUGAUCAGCGAUCCUUUAUUCGUUCAGUUAAAUCCGUCAUUCAUUCAAUAAGCACCUCAAGAGGUUUAGUGUGGUGUUUAUUAUUAGUUGCAGCUCAUGUAGCGCUUUUAUGCCACUAUUAUGAACUUAUAAUGGAACUGUAGGUUGCAAAAAGUUGUGCCCCUUUGGCUCCAAAGCGGCUGCAUAAGGUCUGCAAUGCACGCUCUGACGCUUUAGCUUGGCGCCUAUGGGAAUACUCGAAUUAGCUCCAAAGCUCUUAAGCAACUAGUCUGCGCUUACUUAUCUAAACUAUUUCUUAAAAUAAUAACUAAACUAAAUUAAAAAUGUCUCCCAGAUCAUUGCCUAAGGUAAGGUACCCAGAAGGCUGCGAGCGUUACCUCUUUGAAUAGCUAAACUAAUUCUUUGGGCGAGGUACAAACCAGCCUUCUGAUCACCUGACCUGUCAAAAAGUUUCUUUUUUAAAUCUUGAUAAAAACGAUAGGCUCCAGGGCCCCACGGACCCAUCGUUUCGACCCCAAACGGCUCAAAUAUGUAGGUAUUACUUAUACCUGAAUAUUUUCGCCGUUUG